GAGGGAUUGGGACCCGCAGGAUGGCCAACAAAUCGGGACGCCUGUUUGACGGCGUCUCGGCGCACGGCGACGCCGGUAUCGCGUUCACGGUCCGCUGCCUUCGGGAUUCGGCCUCCUACACCCCCCCAUGGGGAAGGAAGGAAGCAAAAACCGCCCCUCGACUCGCACCCCAGUUAGUCGAUGAACAGCACGGCCACCUGUUUCUCCGACUGCGAGGAAACCUCAGAACGGGGAAAUGGAGGAAAUUCGAGGCCAGGGAACGGAGAGGUCCAGGAAGAGGAAUUUCAUACGACGGGAGGAAUAUCGAUGACCAAGGGUUUCUGUACGUGCUGGAGAGUGGAUCGGAAAUCACGGAAAAGGUGGAAACGGAGGAGCAGAAGUCAUCCGGCGGAGGGACGAGGCAUGUAUGGAAAUUGCUUAACUGGACAAAGAGCGAUGGGCUAAGUGAAAGUGAGGGGUCUCUUGUGGAAGGAGAAGUCCUUGAGAGAAGAGGCGAGGUCUCUGUCUCGCGCUCGAUAAUUCGAAUGUCUCUUUUGAAAUAAGUGGCGAGCGUUUUAUCGCACCCGCUCGGCACGUUGUUCGCCGAGUUGCGGUCCGCGCCUCUUUCGCGGAUCGACGGGUUUUUCUAGUAAACGAUACAUAUGUAGACUAAGUGCGAGCAUAAGACGAGUCUGUCUCCUCUUCGUCGAGUAGAAGACCGCGGCGUAUCUGUAUUUUCCUUUUUUUGUCCCCGCCGUUUUCAGCGGCGAUUUUCAAGCGAAAUGCUCCUAACGCUAAAAUUCCUCCUCGACGUCCAUAAUCGAGCGACCUAGAUUAGAUGAUUUUUUGGCUAAAACUUGAUGUGAAGUAAUGGCGAGUCGAUGACGCGAGUCUGCGAUUAAUCGCGAGUGACCUCAGGAGAGGACCUUUCGCGGUGCGAGUUUCAGCCUCGCUUUUUCCCGGGGGUCGGAUAACAGGUGGGGAGAAAAAGCUUAAUUCGCGGUUCGCUCGCAAGAAUCCGUCGUAUCGCGACGCAUUGGCUUUCCGCCAGGCAUCGGGUGCGCCAUUAACGAAUGGGCGCGCUUAUCAGUUGCUGACUUCGCAGUACCGAGAUGACCGGCCGAGCGAUGGCGGCGCUUCCGUAUCCGCGAUUCCGGAAGCCUAGGGAGGUCCCACCGCACUCGUAACUCCCUAGAUACGAGGCGUCGGUCAGAAAUCAUCUAACGCUCAUUGGGCGUCGACGGACUCUCCUAUCUCUGGUAUCGGUUUCUCAAAAGCGAUAGACAGAGCGAUACAGAUCGCCGCUUUAAUCGAUGCAACAAGAAAACUUAACCGUUUCAGUGCCGUGCCCGAUAUAUCGUCGUUUCCUGUCGGCGCUAAAAGGGUUAAAGGAAAUAGGACGUCCUAAAAAUAUGUACAUAAAACGGAAAACCGACAUUCUAUUUAUUGAAACUCGAUCAUGUACGUUGGAUAAUUAAAAUGCGUUACAAUCAA